GAUCAGGUGGGAUGGAAACAUAACACAGCAAAAGGGAGAAAGCUUAAUCUGUUGCAUUUCUACCCCUAGCUUGUGAUGCUGCUUUGAGAGGCGCAAGAGGCCCCACCAGAGGGAGGAAAAAGCAGCGUUCACUUACUGUGAAGAUGCCUGGCACAGUUCUUGGAGUUGGGCCAGGAGUAUUUAUCUUAGCGCUGCUCUGGGUACUGACCUUGCUGCUCUGCAUGUUGUUAUCCAGAGCUUCUGGACUCGCUAGGUUCUCUGUCAUUGUGGUUUUCUUAGCUGCUGUGAUCAUCACUUUGGUUCUGUUGCUUUUCCCUCGUGCCAGCGAGUUGCCUGCACCGGCCUCAGAAAUUAAGAUUGUCGACACCUUCUUCAUCGGCCGCUUUGUCCUGCUGUCCCUUCUCUGUGUGGUUUUCCUUGGGUGCCUCUUCAUGGUUUUGGUUCACUAUGUACUGCAACCAGUGUAUGCCAAGCCCUUGAGAACUGCCUCCUAAGAAGACAGGCUGCCAAUUGCUGGUGCCACUUUGGCCUUGGGGAGCAAUACUUUCCUGUAACAAAAGGAAAGCAAACUUAAAUUGC